GCUGGACGUGGAGUUGCUAUGUAAGCACUUGUAUCCCUCCUGCUCUGCGGAUCACAGACCCCGCAUUAUCAGCACUUCCCAUCCACCCCGGUCACAUGACCGCGUGACGUCAUCAGAGGGCCUCUCUCCCUCCGGCAGGCUAGCAGCAUUCGCCGUCUGUGUGGAGCAGGGACACCGGCGGGUACCGGGGCCGGGCGGCUGCCGGGGAUCAUGCAGAGCUGCUGUGUGUAGAGGGUCGGCGUGAAUGUAGCCAGCUCCGUAAGAUGUCCCGGAGGAAACAGACGACUCCAAACAAAGUACAUUGGGAGAACAUGUUUGCAGGAUUGGAACGACAAGCUUGUGAAGCGAUGAUGAAAACGGAGAUUGUAAAAGAGGAAGCCACCGACGUGGAGCAGAACGACCGGAGUAGCAGCGACAGCGACGAUGAUACUACCAUUGAUGAGCUGUCAUCUCCGGCCUCUGAGGAGGACAACCCUGAGAGAGAAGAAGAAGAAGAAGAACCGGGUGUAAGCAGAAAGAUCAUGAAACGAGAAAAUAUGUCUAUGACCUCUGAGUCUCUUGACGGUAGCCUGGAUUCUGCACUUAUUUGCCCACUUUGUCAACUGGACUGCGAGAGCCGCGAGCAGCUGAUCACUCACGUGUAUCAGCACACAGCUGCUGUGGUGAGUGCAAAAAGCUAUCUGUGUCCAGUGUGUGGCCGGGCCCUCAGCUCCCCGGGGUCCCUAGGGCGACAUCUCCUCAUACAUUCAGAGGAUCAGCUUUCCAACUGCGCUGUGUGCGGUGCUCAGUUCUCCAGCCACGAUACCUUUAACAGUGAAAAGCUGCCAGAGGUUUUGUCCCCAGAAAACUGGGAUCAGAACGACCACAAAAGCCCCAAUGGUACGGACUUCAGUGCGGUUUACCCUGCGGGAGUUUUACUAGUGUGCAAUAACUGUGUGGCCUAUAGGCAGAUGAUGGCAAGCCAGACCCCCACGGUGCGCAAGUGGGCUGGUCGUAGACAGAACGAGCCUGUGCAGGCAAGAAUGCAAAGGCUGGAGAGAGAGCGUACCGCCAAGAAGAGCAGACGAGACAGCGAGACCCCCGAGGAACGAGAGCUGAGACGGAUGAGGGACAGAGAAGCUAAGAGGCAGCAGAGAAUGCAGGAGACGGAUGAGCAGCGAGCAAGACGCUUGCAGCGAGAUCGCGAGGCUAUGCGCUUGAAACGGGCCAACGAGACACCGGAGAAGCGGCAGGCGCGGCUCGUUCGGGAGCGCGAGGCCAAACGGUUAAAACGACGACUUGAAAAGAUGGACAUGAUGCUCCGAGCACAGUUUGGGCAGGACCCAUCGGCAAUGGCGGCAUUGGCCGCCGAAAUGAACUUCUUUCAGCUUCCGGUGGGGAAUAAUGAGCUGGAUCAGCAGAUUCUUGGGAAGAUUGCACUGGACGAUCAGAAUAACGGGACGCCGCACUGAUCGGGCACAACGUCAUUCCUGUCAGAAUGUGAUACACUUUAGUCGUGUUUCCUCUAUACCUCUACUGGGUCUCUCCAGAAUUGAGAAGCCCCUCUCCUCCCUCCUCGGGUGGUCUGUGUUGAAAUCCACUGCUCAGGAUUACAAAGCUGCUGGAGGGGGGGACGCGCUCAAUGUCUGCAGUUGUAGUGUGGAUAUUAUAGGUUCGUACAAAGAGACUAUUAUAAGAUCUGUGCAGGGUCCGAAUCUAUGGACUCUAUUGUACUGAAGACGCAGCCCAGACUCCUGAUCUCCUCGACCAGCGCAGUCCUGAGACUGGGACAUACAGGGUAUGGAUAAAAAAAAAAAAAAAAGCCGAAAUCACGUUUUGCU